UGCAACUUCAAAACUUCUACGAAAAAAACACAAAAGAAUUUUGAGAAAUCAUCAACACAUACCUUACGAACUUAGAAGAAAUCUUGAUAACAUUGUGUGUGAAUUCUCCCAAGAAGGCUGUAAAUUUCUCUAUUCUGUGAGUAUUUUUUGUGUUCAUCUAACUAUCAUCCUGAUUUUAAUCGGGUGCAGGAUUUUCUUCAAAUUUUAUUAGGACACGAAUACAUGGCUACGCUUCAGGAUCAGAAUAUCAGUAUACAUUUUGAUGGGGCUUCUUUGUUUGGAAAGAAUGAUACUUCCAAGGCCCUGAAGAAAGGAGGAGGACUUGGUGGAAGAAAAGCACUUAAUGACAUCUCAAACUCAGCAAAGCCUUCUUCUCUGCAGGCAUCAAAGAAAAACUACUCCACGGGUGUAAUUUCCAUCGGGAAAGAUCUUAAUGCCACUAAAAACUUUGCUAAGGGUGGCAGGAAAGCGCUCGGUGAUCUUACAAACUCGAGCAAGCCAUCAACGCAGCAGGGGUCCAAGAAGGGACUUGAUAAGAAAUUGAGUGCUGCUGCAGCAGCGAAUACUCCAACUUGUAUAGCUGAAGAACAAUUUCUGCAUGAUCAUCAGAAGUGCAUCAAAGCACAGAGAAAGGUGAUGGACAUGGAUUUUUUUCUGAAGGAAGUUGGACUAGACAAUGAUAUCCCUGUGCAGCUAGUAGCAUCUCCACAUGCGCCUAAACUGCCAAUGAAAUCAAUGUCUUCGAUGUACGAGCUAGAGACCCCUGUGAAGAAGCACUUUGAGGUGGAAGAGAUGCCAGAACUGCUGAUGUAUGAUCAGUGUGAAAAAAGGGGAACUUGUGGAGAUUGUUCACCUUCUCUGGGAUCUCCUAUAUCACCAAAGCUAUCUUCAUAUAUGAGCUGGAAAGAUGUAAGCGCUCCAUGUUUCGCCUUGACUGGAACACCCAACCUACCAAAGCAUUGAUCACAAGCACCCUAUUUCUUCGUAGUCAUCAGUCAGUCGGCUAAAUGACUGUUGAACUAGUUAGUUCUUUCUGGUCUUGUGGAAAGAGGGCAGACUAGCUCCUUUGUUGUCUCAGAUGAUUUACAUUUUCGUCAUAUUAACUGAUGUGUUUUGGAUUCUGUUCCUCCUAUUGUAAAAAGUUAAUUUCCUGUUUCGGAUGAUUUUAGAUGAAUUGCUGGAGUAGUCAUUCUACA